UUUGGUUAGAUUUAAAAAACGUUACGGAAUUGUACUACCUAGGUUCAAAAGUGAGAAAAUUUUGCAAAAUUCUUUUCAAAGGGAUGAUGAGGCCAAUCAAUCUAAUGCUGAGCAAUUUGUUCGAAAAUUCAGACAGCGAUUAGAGCAGGAAAAUAUUAGUAAAGAUAACAUUUAUAUUAUGAUCGAAGCAGACUUCAUAUGGAGUACUUUUGUUGAGACCUUGAUAGCACACGCAGCCGCAGACAAAAUCCCAAUGCAACAAAUUGACGAUUUGAAAAAGAGGAUUUUAACUUUUAUAUUUUGCACAAAUAUUACUAAUAGUAAGAAACUAGCUUCUAUUCUGUCUGACGAAGUUGAAAUUAAUGAAUAUGAGAGUCAAAGUGUAUCAGAUUAUUACGAGAACAGAUUGCUCGUCGCUCAUAAACUACAAGAAAAUGUCUCAGCAGAAAAUCUGGAGAAAAAAUCGAACAGUUUCGCAUUUUGUUGCCAUAAUAUAUGGUACAAUAAUAUAUUUAAGCCAACUGUGACGAUACAUAAGAAGGAGAAGAAUAUAGCUGGCAAAGUGCUUUUACUAGUUGACGAUAGCACACGACGCAUAUUUUCGAAAAAAAUUAUUCACGAUGAUGGUUUCGAAGUAGUAUUCUUUCCGAUAAACUUGUUUAAUAAACAAUUCUGCUCAGAUAUUAUGAAGAAAAUGGACCAAAUAUGUCAUGAAUGCUUAUUGGAAGAUGUACAGAAGAAAAAUUCUGUUUCUAAAAUUAAUUUUAAUACAGAAAAUUAUUUAAAUUGGUGUAUUAAUAUACUCUGUGAAACAUGGGUAAACGUCGCGCCGGGUGAAAUAGAAGAAUUGUGGAGACGAUUUUUAAGACAAGAUUGCUAAACACAAGAAGGUAUUUUAACAUUAACUUCUGUCACUUCACAAAAGUUAAUUAAGUCUGCAGGAAAAGUCAUCGUUUCUGACGAAAGAUCGAUUACUUAUUCCUUGCGCAGAAGGCGAUAAAGGAGAAUAUCACCAACAAGAAGAAACUAUUGAAGACACUAAAAACAAAUAAAAACAGAAAAGGAAGACACUCAGAAAUAUCUCUUGGCAAUUUAGAAUAAAUAGUUAAUAAUAGCUGAAGAAGUUCUUAUAUAGAUGACUUCAAAUGAAAUAUUAAACAAAAUACUUAGUUCUGAUAGAGAAAAUUGUAGAAGAGGAACUUUAAGUAUUGCAGAAAUCUUGUAUUUUUGUAUGUAAAAUUUGCAUUAUUAGUAUUAUUAUUACGAUGUUCACUUAUCAAGACGUGCAUACAAUUUUAUGUAGCUAAGGAAAUAAGUUACAUUUCUCAUAAUUUAUAUAUUCGUUGACAAACUUUUCGGUAAGGAAUGUUUAAAACAAAAAUAGUUUCUCAAAACAUUUAAAUCAUUUUCUCGGCUCUGUAAUUACUCAGAACAGCGAUUGUGUGAAUUGAAAAUUAUGUUUUUAUUAUAAUUAUACGUAUUGAGAAAUGCAGUACCUAGAAGUUUCAAAAUUUAUGGAAUGCUUAAAAAUUAUAUUUGAAAAAAUUUAUAUUCUAUGCUCGAAGAUUCAAUUGGUGAAAUCAAACAUCAGAGGAUGGCAUGCAAAAAAAUUCGAGGUGAGGUGUCGGGCGAAAACGUGUCCGCGGGCACGGGACCAGCACGCGGCGGCGACCGUGGGGAAGCGGCGGAUUUAGGUACACAUACGGAAAACAACGACGGGGCCACCCUGGCAGCGAACACAGCGGUCGACGCCAGGGGUGGGAGCCCUCAGGGCGCCCACCUGUCCGGUGCGGCGACCCCCAGACCUCCAAGGGGUAGAAGGCGGCAGAAUCAGAAUGGUCUCGACACUACACAAGUUAAAACGGAACGACUCACGCCUGACAAUAACUCGACGUCGUCGAGAAGCGUGACGCCUUCUUCGUCGAGUCAUCCGGGGACGCCGCCAAAUGCUACACCCUUGGGAGGACCCGAGGGUCCACCGCCACCCCAUCAUCUCAAGCACAUGGAACAGAUGAUGGGGCGAAAUUAUAGCGAUUUCAUGAGAAGUCUCGCCGCCAAAUACAACAAUGCCAACCCCAACGAUUACUUCAGCACAUCAAGGAACGGAUAUCCUCCGGGUUUAGAUCCGAGGUUUCCGGCUUUUAAGACAGCGGCGACGCCGUUUGUUGGUCUGAUGGCGCCUUUAGGGGCACCGCAGCCACCGACUGUCUCGACGACUUCGCCUCUUUCCAAUAAAGAUCCGAAAGAGCAGAAACAGGAUAGUCUCUUCAAUAGUCCUGUAUUCCCACCUAUGAUCGAUAUGUCUUCUACUCAGGCCCUUCUUCACAUGGUGCGCACUGCCAACGCAGCUCAAAACGCUGCUGAAUUGGAAACAUAUCUCAAAGGUGCGAACAAAAGAGACGCGGGAGUGACGAGCCCCUUGGACCUCUCGAGUCCCGGGGGUUUUGCGCCUCGCAAACGGCAAAGGCCGGAAACCAGGAGAUCCGAAAGCGUGUCUCCCAAGCCGAAACCUACCGCGAGACCAAUCACACCUCCGCCAGUCAGGUGUCCGACGCUCUAUGCCCACAUGCCAUGCGGCGACGGACAAGCCGUGAAUCGCUGGACCAUUGAGGAUGUCGUCAAUUACGUCUCGUCGAUUGACAUCUGCGCCGAGUACGCACAGAACUUUCGGGAGCACCGCAUUGACGGCGCCGCACUGCCGCUGCUCUCGGAGAAUCACCUGACGGGCACGAUGGGUAUGAAGCUCGGUCCAGCGUUGAAGUUGCGCAUAAUGCUGGCCCGGAAGAUCGGUGCCUGCACGGUCUGCCUGCAUUGCGCCCACUGCCAUCAGACGCCGCUACCCGCGCUUGGCGCGGCUGGCACGGCUGCCGCGGUGACACAACAGCAACAGCAGCCGCAGCAACAGCAACAGCAGCAACAGACGCCGGGCCGGCGACCCAGCAGCACCGGGAACUGACAAACAAUGGCGGAGACUCCCCCACUGGGCUCCGAGACGGUGUCGAUCGUCGUGACACCAUCGUCGCCGUCUCCGGAUUUAAAUCGGGCCCUCAGGAUAGAACGGCGCGUACCUCGACCGGUACGCAAGCCGGAAGUCGUCUUCAAGAAGCCUAUCAAGCAGUGACGAUUUCAUGUACCAGGGAGAGCGGAGACUCCGCCUGUUGUGUCAGUGUGAUCAAGAACUGGGAAGGAACUUUCUUAUCUAGGUAGGAGAAUUCAGACUGUAUGGAGUUAUAUAGCCGAGACUAGACCGUAGGAAAUGAGAAAGAGAGACUUUAAUUGACAUUGACGCGCAUAAAGCGUGUAUUGAAGUUAAGUACUCAAGAAUAGAGAUUUUUCAACGUUUUGUCGAGAAUGCCGGAGAAUAAUGUAAAAUCUAAACUAUAGAGACCUGAACGAUUGUAGACUAGUAAAAAAAAACUACGACUGCGACGACAGAUUAUGAUGUAGGAUUUGAAUAACGCAAAAUGAUGGAGGCAUGUUCUUUAAUUGCAUGCAGUAAAAUUGAUGAUAAAAGAGUGAGACGAAUUCAACUCUUAUCAUUUUUUUAACAUUAACUGACUAACAUUUAGAUAGCUCUGAACAGAAAGAUAUUUUUAUAAAUGUGACAUAAGAGCGUAACUAUUGAAUAAUAAUAAUAAUAAUAGGUAAAAAAGAGAAGUUUUUAACUGAAUCACACUAUCGUAUACAUAUCGUUAUGAGAAUAAAUUUAUAUAUGAGAACAUUAAUGAAAUUAUAACGAUUUUUCGAAUUGAAUUGUUAAUAAAAGCAAAAUAUAUUUCGGGGCAUUUACGCGGAAUAAUUCGAAAUUGAACAUUAAUUUUUAUUUAUCAUGGGGAACGAAAGAUGGUAUUAAAUUCAAAAGAAAUCAGUGGAUAAAAUGUAUAAUAAAAUUACACCGGCAACAAGUCUUUGAUAGAACGAUAUGUGUUGUGUGUGAAAAAAUUUAUAAAAAAAUAAUUAUAAAUUUUAUAAAACUUGUGAUCUGCAUAUCAUGGAUUCAGUACUUAAAUAGUACAUUUUGUAAUGUAAAAUAUAGAGAAUUAGAAUCAUGUAUCGAACAAAUAAUUCAUUUUUUAUUAGCUUUGCUAAUAGAUUGUCUUCCACUAUGACGUAUUCAUUGCAAAAAUAUAUCGCGACAGUAUAUUUAUUUAAAAUUUCUAUUUAAACAUUUCUAUAUAUUUUCUAUAAAAUCAAGUUUUUUUCUAUAUCUUAAGAAGGAAAGAGUGCAAUUUA